AUGUUGCACGACAUCGGCAAGAUCCCUGCUGUUAAACUCGUCCUUUCCCAAGUGCAUCAGGUAGUGAUGAUGAUCAAAGGCUCCGCCUCGGCCGUCAUCUUGUUCCGUGAGCUUUUUACCAAGCUCUCGUUGGUGCGGCCUGGUGCAACGAGAUUUGGCACCCAGGUCAUCAUGCUCGGCAGGUUCCUGGAGGUGAAGCGCGCGUUGAGGGCGAUGGUAAUCAGCGAGGAAUGGGAGGAUGUGGCGGUGGCACGGACGGAGGAGGGGAUGGAGGUUAGGAAGCUGCUUUUGGACGAUGUUUUUUGGGACUGUGGGACGGCCGUGCACCGCCUCAUGACUCCCAUCUACGAGGUUCUUCGUGCCGUCGACACACAGGCUCAAGUCAUGGGGCAGCUGUACGGCCUCAUGCUUGAAGCCACGGUGAAGACUAAUGCGGCGGCUGAGACGGCUGCCGCACACUUCAUCAAGCGGACGGGUCUUCUAUUACCGAAGGACAAGAGCACCUUUCUCACCACCAUCAAGGCGAUCAUUGCCAGGAGGUGGGAUGCACAACUGCACAACCCCCUGCACGCCAUCGGUUGGCUCCUCAACCCCCGUAACCAGUACAUCGGGGAGGUAAGGAAUGACAAGGAGAUUAGGAAGGGGGUGGAUGAGGUAAUCAAGGCCCGGGGCGGGGAUGUGCAGCAGCGCAUAACCCUAGCUGCACAGGUGGCUCAGUUUCACCGAGGGGAGGGCAGGUUGGGCUCUGACGAUGCCCGUUGGGCAGCAACUACCUUGGUGGAGGCGGGGCGCAUGACGGAGGCGGAAUGGUGGUUCCUGUUUGGUGGGGAUGUGCAGGCGCUCCAAGACCUGGCUAUGACGUCACUCUCACAGCCAGUCACCUCCUCCGAGGUGGAGAGGUACUGGUCGGCGCUGGCACGUGUGCAGAGGCGCGACCGGAACCGCCUCACGGCGAAGAAGAUGACUGAUGUCACCUUCGUCGCCUUCACCCGACGGGCCCGUGAUGCCUUUGAUCGAAAGGCAGCCUUGCGUUCCAAGCUCUAUCAGGACCUAGGCAACGGCACCCUCAGGGAAGGGGCUGCCAUCAUCCCGGCCGAGUGGAGCGACGGUUCAAGUGGGGAGGAGGAAGAGGAGGAAGAGGAUGACGAGGAGUAUGACGGUUAG